UACAAAAUAGAAAAUGAAUAGAAGUUUUAUUCUCAAAAGAAAAAAAUGCGGACGAAAUUAUCUCAGAAGUUCGAAUAAUUGUUGCAAUGCACAGUCAUGAAUCAAAGGCAAUUGAAACUAUCAAUUCAAAUCUGUGACUUAUCUACCCAAUGACCCUAGUCUACUCCCCUCAACCUAUCAAUAUUUUUAAGCUGAAAUUCCACCCAUUCCUACGGUUACAAACAUCUCUAGUAGUUCAAACAAUUUUUAACUUCCGUUCUGUGCUAUAAUUAUUCAGUCAUAAUGCCUCCAAUCUGCCAAAGCUUCGUUCAGAAUGCCUGGAAGAAAGACCUGUGUUCGAAUUGUUUCAAAACUAAAGACGAACACGGCAGGGGGAUCAGUACCCCCCUCUCCUCAGGAGGGUACGAAAGUAGCAGCAGUGAAAGCACAUCCCAUGUCGGUAACGGUCGUCGGAAGCAUCCAAUUACAAGCUCGAUCAUAAACACCAGCAGCAACAACAGGGCGGGCGAACGAUCUAUCGGGGACUGUUAUAAAACAAGAAACUAUGAGAAUACAGCAACAAAUGGGACUAAAUACGGAGUUGAUAACAUGGAUGGUGGUGAAAUGGGUAGUAUAACCAGUGGUAGAGGUCAUACCCCACAAUCCCGGUACGUUGGAGUAGUAAACAACAACAGAAUAGGAUAUCCAAGGAAUUACUAUGGCUGGAAGAUGCCUCAUGGGGACGCGAGUGAAGCUUCAGGCUUAAAAUCACCUAGUUUGAUAUUCCGAAGUGACUCCACCAAGAGUUCUACUGGAUUGAGGUCUCCUGGACUCAUUAAAGGACUCUCAACAACCAAUCUAACCACAGACUCUUCUGCACUACUCCACCGAGACCCGUCAAGGGUGAGGAUUGGGUCCAAUUCUAGUUCUUCAUCAUUGUCAAGCUCCACCAACAGUCCCGAAGCAAAAUUAUCGAACCCGGUAACUGGUGUUCUGCAUUCGGUUCAUGAUGAGAAUACCAAGAAUUUGCACCUAUCCUACGAACCUAGAUCGCCUAGUAGGUAUUUGAGACACGACAGAGUUGCUGAUUUGCAUAUUAGAGAUCCGCGUGGAGAGGACCGCGUUCCGAUAUCUUCUGCAUUGAGUCACCGUUUCGAAAGCAUGAACGGUCUCGAUUGUAGGCAGGUAAAAUCCACAGAUGUGGAAAACCUUAGCCAACCAAUCAGAUCCAGAAGCGCGGAUAACGUUCUUGGGUGUCCAGACACGGAAAGUCCGAACAGCCAUUACAAAAAUUAUGCACGUACUUCCAACAAACCGGAUUCCGCGCCACCCGUGGCUAUCAAAAACGACACAAAAACGCUAGAUUUGCGAAAUCUUUGUGGGGACAAUCGAAAUGAUUCAUCGACCGAUUCUGAUUCUGAAUCAGAAUCUCCUGGAAUCUAUGAAAUUAGUCGGACAUCUUCCAAUGAGCACUUAGCGUCAACUAACCAGUCACUUACCUCCGAGUCAGUGACGUCAGAAACGUCCUCUGAUGGCCGCUCUACAGACAGCGAAGAUCAGGGUAGGGGCUCGUAUAGUUUUGAUGUUGGGGAACCACAUGAUGAUAACGACGCCGGUGUAGCCCUGAAGCACGUAAAACUUCAUCCCGAGAAUUUUGAUCCGAAAUUAUCUGAAGACGAGGAAAGUGACAAUUCACCCACUCCUGGAAAUUGUGAAAUAAUUUCUGUUGAAAGAGGCUGUGUAAAUAGAUUCUCAAGAGAACUGAAUGUCACCGAGAACUUUGAUACGUCAACACAUAAUAGCCGUCGUAUGUUAAAAAGCUCGCUGUGUUCUGGAAAAUCUGGAAUUGCAAAAAGUAUUUCGUUUAGAAGUGAAGAAGAGAUCAUUGGUUACGGAGGUGACGUCGAUUAUUCCGGCGACGAGGAAGAUGAUGGAGAAGACGACGUCGACUCCCUGGCAUCCUACGAGAUGACCACGAGGGAAAAGUUGCUGAAAAGAUUGACGGCACAAAACACCGACUUCAACGCUGAAUCCGAAAACUUCAACUCCUUGGGAGACAUUGUUUUGGAUGACAAACAUCGCGAGUUGAUCAAAAGUUUCGAGCAGGCGAACGAGUCUUACGACAUCUACGAAGAUAUUCAACGUACGUAUGAUAGUUGCAAGUCUCCGCACAAUUCAGCUCUCGAUGCUGCGUUUCAAAAUGUAGAUAAGAGUGAUUGUAAGGUUAAAUUAAAGAGGGCCACGCCGUUGGUUAGUGUCAAGCCAUUCUUGUCGCGAGGUUCAAGUGUCAGUGCGGAUUAUCCAAAGGUUAACCCUGUUCUACCGAUGAAGAACGGUGAAUUGGUGCGUACAAGAAGCGACGGAAACGCAUCAGAAACAGAGACCGUACCUUUGCAGGGAAUAAAACCGAAGUACGUGAGCAAGGAAGAAGAGAUAGUGGAAAAGCAAUCGCAGAACGACGAUGGUUUCACCAUACACAGUGAGAAUACAAAAGUCACUUCAUUCGGAAACGAACCCAUGGUAGAGAAAAUGAGCAAGUUGACCUAUUUUGGAGAUGAGGUUUUAUUGAAGAAAGUAACCGCCAUCGAUGAAUCACCUCAGCCGAAUAUUGAAAAAAAUACAUCAUUUGGAAGCUUUGCCGUUGAAAAAACGUCAGUACAAUCAAUUCCUGCUAGACCCUUAGAACCGAAAGCAAAGAGUUCCGCUAUUCCUGAAACAAAACAAUGUACGAAGCUCCCAGACGAAAUAACUGUUGUGAAACCUGAGAGACAAAAGAAGAAAAAGAAACCAGAUUCCGAGGUCAUAAGUGAAACCAGAACCGUCCCCGAUGACACGAGUGUGAAUUUACUCGCAACAACAGAUAAACAGAAGAAAAAUAACGUGGAAAUCAGAAACGCCACCCUGUCGGAGACCCUAAAGGACGACAAAACAUUGACAAAUAGAACCACGCCUUUACUGUCAAAAAUGAGCCCAAAGAAUUCACCGAGAAUGAAGAAAGCAUUCUCUUACAAGCCACCGUCUUCGAAUGGUUCCACUGAAUUCGCAAAUACGCCGAAGAAAGCCCUCGAAGCCGAAAGUAUAGCAACAGAAACAACAACUGCAGCGGCCAGUCCUACUUCUGCAGGCAUCGUCAAUAAUAGAAAUAGUUCUACGCCGAGACUUGGUAUUCAAUAUACUAAUAGAUCAACUAAUGCAGUUCAAUGCCCAGCCUGGACCAAAUCCCCCGAAGCUUCCAGAGCAUCAAGGAAACGAAGCAGCUUCAUGGCCAGUCAGCUGGGGCUUACGCAUCACCAAAAUGAAAACUCAGAGGAUGAAAAAUUGGAAGGAGCAGUUGAUAACAGCCCUGGUUCUAGUAAACCCAUUAAACCCGAAGAAAACAGAUCAACCAAGUUGUUAGAGACAGACCACCUAGCCUCGAAUGAAGUUAAUGUGGCUAACCAGACACCUGCCACUGAAACUUUGAUGGGUUCUGUCGACGACACCUUAGAUGUAGAACACUGGCACGACUGCGCCAGUAACAGUACUGAGAAUGAUGAUAUUAAAUCGGCCCAUUCUACCGGUACCCAAGAGAGUAGAAGCAGUGGGGUGGUAGCUAGUCACAGAGGUAGUUCCUCCAGUCUCAUGACGAGCUUCGUGGCAUCGAAUUCAGAUCAAGUACUUCCCCAACAUCAGUCCUCUACCACCGUAGAAUUGACUCGUCCUGCCUUCGAAAGGUCGCUUAGUUGUGAGAGCGGCAGUGAAAUCAAAACAGCCAAGGAUUUCUUCGAUGACAUUAGAGCUCCUGUUGAACCUGGAAAAUUCAAACCCACUGCCAGCAUUCAGAAAACGAGCGCCUAUGCCUCCACUUCCGGCCUCAAGAGUCUUUCAGGUGCAUCCAAGCCCAUCCAAACCCCUAAGCCUCCAGUAACAUCUCGCCAAGCUUCCAACGAUUUCCCUACAUCCGUUUCUUCCAGCAACGUAGCCAGAAACUUGUCCUCCACUUUCGCCAGUAUGAGCGCACCUACAUCAACGGAGAACCAACAACAUGGAUCGUCACCUAGAACUGAAGUCGUGUACGAUUUGCCUAUCACGGUAGCCUCGAAAAGUGGAGUAUCAGCUGGUGAAUCUUUACAUUAUUGCACUAGUCCAAUUUUGACAGAACUCGUUACCAGUUCGGCGGAUAGUGGAGGUAUAUAUUACGAUAUUGACCUCAAUGACCACAGAUUUGAAUCACCUAGAACCGAGCACAACGACUCUAAAGACAACAUUACUAAUUCACAAGCGAUAGAAAACUCUGAGCUUUCAUUUGAAACGAAACGUUCUCUCCAAUCGCAAAAUUUAAAAUCUAAUGUGGCCGCGAUUCAUUCAUCAAAAUUCCAACGACCUCCUCUGGUUGACAGUGCGGAAAAUAUCAACUCGACCGUACCAUCUAUGGUGGUCAACACAAAUAUUGAUUCCGCUAUCGACUAUACCAACUUCGUUGGCCAGGUGAAAACGAAUACUGCUACUUCAUCUGAAUAUACAAAAUUUCUUGAUCCCAAAUCUCAGCCCGGAAUCGCCCCUUCUUCGACACAACACCAGAAUCUGCUUCCGAUCCCUGCCCUGCCUCAUCAUCUCGAUGCUCGUAACGACAUGGACGAUUGUUCGUCCUUUACUGACGAUUUCGACGAUGAUGACGAAGAUGAUGAAGAAGGAAAGCCCACUGAGGAGGUCGUUCAAAGAGUGGAUGACGCUCCUGGACUGAGAAGGGUUAGUGAGAGGUCUUCAUCUGCGACACCCCUCUUCAGGAACUCUGUGGGACCCACCAACUACGAUGCGUCAGCACUGCUCCAGCACCUUGUGAAGAGCACCUCUUCCCCCUUCUACACACUCACCAGUUCUAAGAAAUACAAGGGACGGUCUAGGUCUUGCCCCCGGGAUUCAGACCACGCCAUUGCCAAGCCCCCACUUGCCACCUCCCCAACCCCCAGCAAGACAUCCAAGUUUGCUUUUGUUAAAGCCAGUUUCUUCCGUCCAACCUCACCAAAUCCUCCACCCACCUCAACCAACCCCACCGGCCGAGGUCGCGACAGGACCAAAAAAUCCACCAAGUUCUCCCUGAAGAAGUUCUUGCGGAUAGGCAGCACCAGCACCGCCGCGGCUUCCAAAGAGGAAGACAGGAAAUUAUUCAAAGAAACUCUCAGGCAGGCGGAGAGGGAGGCGAAAAAGUCCAAGCUGAACAUCAUCCACCCUCUGGACUAUCACCAAGCCGGCGUCGAGGUCAUAGCUCGACCAGAACCAACGUCUCCGGUUUACAACUAUUCAAGCAAGUACGGCUUCACCCCAGAAAAGCUAGAAAACCGGGACACGUCAGAGAAUAAAACCGAAAACGGGCUACAAGAUCAAAACAAAAAUGAGUCAUCAAAUGAACAUUAUAACGUGCCUUCCACGAAUAAGCUUUAUCCUGAAAGUGAGUCAGAAGUGGCACAACCAGCUGGUACGCUUGAUCCCUCUAAGGUUCGUAAUGGUAAUGAAGCAAGUUUGAAUAAACAAGAGCAAGACAGAAUGUUGAAAAAUGCAGAACUUAUCUAUAGAAAAUCGCAACAACUGCACCUAGAGCAGGAAAAGAUGAAGCAACAACAACAAGAAAGAAGGUCUUUGCAACUUGCAAACUCUGAAAUAUCGGAGAAAAACACUAGUUGGAAACUCCACCAAGACAUAGCACUAGGCACCGGAUUGUCCCUGCAACACACAAGCUCUGUUGCGCCUGAGAAAAACCCUAGUUGGCAACCCCACCAAGACUCAGUUGGAGGAACACUAACGUCCCUGCAACACACACACGCUAUUGCGAAUGAGAAAAACCCUAGUUGGCAACCCCACCAAGACCCGACACUAGGCACCCUGCAACACACAGAUUCCACUCACCUAGAAAGUUCUCAGUUCUCUACAAUUCUUUCCCCUAGCGUGAUUUCCCCCAGCGUAAUUUCACCUACUGUGAUGUCCCCUAGCGUGAUGAAGUCAAAUCAACCAAGUCUACCAGGCAACGCAUCAACCCCGUCCCCGGUUGCAACGAUCGUCACUCUGAGGAAGAACAACUCCUUCGUCAGUCGGCCCAAGCCUCCACCGCCGCCCCGGAAAACUUCUCUUGAACAACGGCAGUCCGGCGUUGAAGGCGCGAUAUAUAUGGUCCCUAGCACGGGUCAGGUCCCCAGCACGGGCCAGGUCCCCAGCACGGGCCAGGUCCCCAGCACGGGCCAGGUCCCCAGCACGGGCCAGGUCCCCAGCACGGGCCAGGUCCCCAGCGCGGGCCAGGUCCCCAGCACGGGCCAGGUCCCCAGCACGGGCCAGGUCCCCAGCACGGGCCAGGUCCCCAGUAGGGACCAGCUGUACAAAGAAAUUGAAGAGAAAAUCAAGUCUCUAAAUUGUAGGAACCAUAUACCCAAUGACCCCAAAGAAACCAAAAUCCCCCCUUUGGGGGUCACAGGGUUCGAGAAACCGAAACCUCCCCCAAUCCCCAACACGAAACCUAAAAACCAGGCAACACAACCAACGCAACCAUCAAAUAAACCAGCAAAAGUUGGAAAAACAACAAACUGCAACACCGGCAACCUACCGGAAACCCAAAACUCAAAAACCAAAAAUGGCCUUCGUCCCGCUGAAAAUCCAGGGGGAAUUUCUUCCCCCACCGCCAAGACCUACAUGCGUUCACCCAUCGUGGGUGGGGCCAGUGCCCCAGGCAUGUCCCCCAUCCGCCACAAGGCGCCAGUGGUCCCAGUGAGGUCCGCGGCUGGGGGACCCGGGCCCACCAUGGCCCCACCUCUGCCUAUCAGGGAUUCUACCUACGCCAACCUAGGGGAUGUACGCGCCCCCUUCACCCCCCUCAAGCCCGGCAGGAGAGUGGUCCCAGUGAGGUCCGCGGCUGGGGGACCCGGGCCCACCAUGGCCCCACCUCUGCCUAUCAGGGAUUCUACAUACGCCAACCUAGGGGAUGUACGCGCCCCCUUCACCCCCCUCAAGCCCGGCAGGGCCUCAGGGGCCAACGAUGAGGAGGCCAAGCAAAGGGCGGCGCCCCCUCGGCCCCCCCUGUCCAAGUCAUCCUGCAUAUCCCGGUUGAAUGCAAGGGCCUCCCUCGGUAUCCCUGAUACUGACCAGGGGGGCCACGGCCCCCCAACUGAUACUGGUAUCCAUGAUGGUAACCUGGGGGUAUUGGUGACACACGGUGCUCAUGGUACUGACUCAUCUUUGGUCAAGGCCCAUCAUGGUAGUGACUCAUCUUUGGUCAAGGCCCAUCAUGGUAGUGACUCAUCUUUGGUCAAGACCCAUCAUGGUAGUGACUCAUCUUUGGUCAAGACCCAUCAUGGUAGUGACCCAUCUUUGGUCAAGAACCAUCAUGGUAGUGACCCAUCUUUGAUCAAGAACCAUCAUUCUAGUGACCCAUCUCUGAUCAAGCCUGAGUCACCAACGAUGCAUCAUCAUUAUGAAAUCAUUCCAUGCAUUCUAGAUCAGUGGUUAGAGGAAGCGGCACGACAAGGCUGGGGCCAAGAAGAGGACGAACAGCCUAACCUAAUCGGCGACAACUUAGAGUUUGGCGUCGCAGGCCCUCUAACCAAAGAAAUUUCUAGCAAAAGUGCCAUUACAGCUUCAAAUGACGCUUUAACUUUCAAUCAAGGUCUAUUGAGCGUGAAUGGUUCCUCAGAAUGUGAACAGAAAUAUAUCUUCGAGACCCGCGGAAAGGAGGUCGAUCCAAAAGGAGGAAAAUCUCAAAGCUUUGGAUCGACUGGUGCAGUUACCGAGGUGGUACAUGGAAACCUGAAAUCCAAUCAAUUUGUUACCCAAAACUUGGAAUUACAAGCACAACACAAAUCUGAACCAUGUGCAUGGGCUGAAAAUUUCGAUUACCACUGCAAUGAGGAUGAUAAUCCGUGGGAUCUCUGCGCUGGUGUGUCAGCAGAUCACACGUACGUGUGUGCCGAAUGUGCUACGAAUGACGCUGACGUGAACCUCACCACCAAAACCGAACGUCGACACAGCCUCAACAAUGAACAUGGAGAUAACUGUGAACAUAAAGACAACCAAGAACAUGAAGAUAACAAAGAACCUGAAGAUAACAAAGAACCUGAAGAUUACAAAGAGCAUGAAGAUAACAAAGAACAUGAUGACAACAACAAAAACAUCCAGAGGCUUCGAAUGUCGCAGAUUUCGGGUGAAGGUUUCACAUCUUUUCCUUGCGCUCACGGUGGAGAGGUUGGGCUGGCCAAGCAACAGCAAGCAACCGCGCAGCUGACAGCCGCGCAGCCGGCAACCGCGCAGCUGGCAGCCGCGCAGCCGGCAACCGCGCAGCUGGCAACCGCUCAGCCGUCAACCGCGCAGCUGGCAACCGCGCAGCCGGCUGAUCUGGUCUAUGACACAUUGGCCAACCUCAACCGCGAGGCCUUGGCAAAGCUCAUGACGCGAAUCUGCAGCGAGAACAUUGCACCUCCGGCAUCAUACGUGGCGGUAGCCAAGGCAACGCGCAGCUGGCAACACGUCGGCCUCCUUAACGAGCGGCCGCCAGUGCGGUCCGGGCAUCGGGUGUACCACGAGGGCACAGCCCACGGCCACGCUGUGACUGUCCUCAUUUCCCCCGAGCCCUCAGUUGAGGCGCACAGUCUGCUGUCCUUACGGCCUCUGACUGUCCUCAAAGAAGCCAGGGUGGGAGGCACAGUGUGGGUGCUGCCCAGGGUUGAGCUCUACCACCUGCACGAAUACCGCACCAAGGUUCUCAACCACAACACUCGUGACACCGCCAACCACACCGCAGCCAUGUUACUGCUGCAGCUGGUGGUUGCCUUCAAGCAGCUGCAGCCCCCCGCACUGGGGGCCGCCAUCGCCGUGCUGCGUCAGGAGCGAUCAGGAUCUCUCACCAAGGCACAAUGUCUGCUGGAAGCGUACGUAUUCUGCGCGCCAUCUAUCGACCGAACCGACAAUUUCUCAUCCGAUUUAAACCUCCUACAAAAAUGGCUGGACGAACAGCGAGCAACUGCUCUGAAGACAUUAUUAUCACCUUGUGGGGACAAUAUAAUGGGGAAGGGAACAACCUCAGGGGAAGGGAACACCCACAUGGGGAAGGGGACUAGUUUCUGCUGCGGCGACGAGGCGUUGUGCGACGUGGUGCCGCUAGAGGGCGCCGAUGGACGCCAGUUUACAAAAUGCGUCCGCGUGGACGACAAAUUCCGGCUCAUGUUCCUGGUCCGGACCAACGCUAGCAGCCUGGCGCAGUCCCUGGCUCUCAUUAAUGCUUGAAUUCUUAGGAUAUUUACAUUAAAUUUUUAUAAUAUUUGCAGAAAAUGUUACAAUAAUUGCAUAUAUUUCAUAGUACUUGCAGGACUUUUCAGGAUUUUUGCAUAUGUUUUGAUAACGUUUGCAUUAAACUUUCCUAAUAUUUGCGGAAAAUGUCACAAUAUUUGCAUAUGUUAUGAUAAUGUUCAAAUAAAUCAUGAUAUAAAUUGCAUACAUUAUGAUAUAUUCAUAAAAUGUGAUGAUGAAUUUUGAUAAUGUUCUCGUUUUCUUCUGCUUUUAUAAAUAACAUAAUAUUUUAGUAGGGUCAGUUACGGAGAUUUGUCGUCGAUACAGGACAUCUCAGAAUUUGUACAGCCAGCUAGGGCUCGAACUCGCAAGUCAAUGCUCAAAUCUUGGUUAUUAAAUCACUUGGUUCCCUGUCAAAUUGAACUGCAUAUGUUGCUGGCGUAAAUUAUACAGUCUGUAUACUGUAUACAGUCUACAUUAUAUUAUACUGUUAUACAGUCUGACUGUUACAGUCUACAUUAUAUUAUAUUUAGCUUCAAUCUUUAAUUUUCAUAUUUUCAAAGUCGAUUUAAAUGUUAGAAGCACAUGUUAAUAUAUUUUAACAUGUAUUUCAUCAUCUGCAUAUCUACGUUGAAAAAAGAUCAAAAUGUUAUUGUGGUAAAAUAUUAUUGACAUUUUGAACUUAUAUUAUCUAAAAACACCCAUAAAUGGAAAUAAAUUUCAAUAUCAACGUGUUCCCUUGAAGCGCCGUGGAUAUAAUAAAAUGGAUAUAAUUACAUUGUAUCUGUUAUAUAUAAAUAUCUUUAAACUAAUAACUCCUGCUCAAUUUCAAUCUAUGUUUGUCUAUAUGUACGUAUUUAUAUUGAUAUAAAUGCUCUUGUGUAUAGUAUUACUUAUAUAUUUCUUCUAAAUACUAUUUACUUAGACUUGCUUCUGCAGGAAUAUGUUUCACUUGUAAACUUAUAACUAAACACAUUAUUAAUACUCACUUAAAAUAUUUCCGAUAUUUUCCAAAUAAUGCGGAUUAUUAAAUGCUACUCAUGACU